AAACUUUCAAGACCGAAGGCCUGUCAACAAAACUGCACACUUGAGUUUGCAACUUUGCACAAGACACGGGAGAGUGGUGGCAAUUAAAGCGGUAUUAAAGGCGGAAGGUCCUUCAGAGUUACCAGUUGCUGGACGGAGCCACUAGGGGGCAAUGUCUGAAAACAGCAACAGUGCCAAUGGCAACAGCUGGACUCUUCUUACCCCGGAGGUAAAGGAGUCUGGAGUUGAGAAUGUGGGCCCUGUAGCUGAAGGUCUUCAGAUCGAGGGGCAGAUCUCAAAAGCACCUGAGCCCUCACCGGAGGCCCACAGUGACCUGGAGAAGCACUCCACUGAAGCAUCUGCUCACCAGCCGGAGACAGAGACAUCCACACAGUUGCAGUCUGACCCAGCUCUCACCCAUGGGUCAGAGCCUCCAGAGCUAUCUCAGCAGGUAACGUCUCCAGAGACGAGUGAGGGACGGGCCCAGCUGAAUGCAACCCAUAUCAAUGAAGAGCCCAGCUCUGUCAGUGCCACUGUUGAGGACAUCAGCUCCUGGACCCCUGACCAUGAGAAACAAGGUCUUUCAGAGAGCCCAGUUACUCCCAGCACUGAUGUCGAUUCAUUCUCUGACUCUUACACUCACAUAAGUUCUACCUCUGGAUCAAGUCCGCUUCCUGCCUCAGUUUGUCAGGAAAGAGACUGGUUUAAAUCGGAUGAGGAUUCACUGAUGAAAACCAUAACUGAAGAGUCUAAAGAAGUGUUGGAAACAAACGGAAAGGAGGGGGAUGGUUUACGAAAGAGACAAAUCUCCCACCUGGGCUCUUUGGACAAGACUGAGGCAGAAGAUGAUGAAGAGGGUGAGGAGGAAGACUUUCAACCACCUCAAAGAGAAGAGGAAACAGUCUUUUCUUUGAACAAGUGCAUCCUUGCAGCUGUCAUUCUUCUAGGACUAGGGACCAUUUUCUUCUCUGGUAUGCUCAUGGACCCAGAUGAUGAAGCAGACAUGGAUGUUAGAGAGCUGAAGGACCCAACAAAUCAGGAGUGGCUGAAUCCUGAGAUCUCCAAAGACACACCUGUUGGUCUUCAGCCUCCAGAUAUUUUAAGCAAACAGGUGAAGGAAGAUCAGCAAAUAUUGGUACUACAGGAACAGCUUCAGCAACAUCAGGGUGAACUGAAAGCAGCGCAACUUCGGGUGGAGGAAGGAGAGAAAGAGCGUGUGAGGAGAGAAAAGCUGGAAAAGGAAUAUGAGAGGAUAAAAGGAGAACUAGAUAGAGUACCUGCACUUCAGAAGGAGCUGGAGCAAGAGAACGAGAAGAUGAAAGAAGAAAGCGCAAGAGCAAAGAAAGAACUGGAGGCACUGCCAUCACUACAGAGAGAACUGGAGCAUCUGAGAGCUAAAGUUUCACAGCUCACACAGAGCGCAGGAAGUGCAGAGUCUGUUCCUCCCAUUGCAGCUUCUCGGAUGCCCUCUGCUGGAGACAAAAGUGAUGUACCACCGAUGGAAAGACAAGACAUGAAGCCCAGAAAGACUUGGGACAAAAAGAGUGAGGAGAAGGAACAAAGCAAGGGAGACAAAGAAUGGAAAAAGAAGAAAAGUGGAAAAAAGGAAGAUGACAAGGAAAAGAGGGAGCGAGUGACUGAGGGAAAACAUGUGAAGGAACAGAAGGACUGGAAAAAAGAUAAAAGCCACCAAGAGGCAGGUAAAGCAGGGAAGCGAAAAGAAGAGAGAAAAGAGUGGAAAAAGGACAAAAACCGAGAUCAUGGUAAAAUGGGCAAAGAAAGUGAAGACAAGAAAGAUUUUAAGGAGUGGGAGGAGAAAAAAGAAUUGAAGGAAGAUAAAAAGUGGAAGAAAGACAAACAUGUAGGACAGGAUGAGAGGAGGGGAGACAAAAAGGACUUGAAGGACACUGGAAACAAGAAAGUGAAAGAGGAAAAAGAAUGGAAACAGAGAGGGGAGCGGAAAGAGGACAAAGACUGGAAAAGCGAUAAACGGAGUGGUGGGAAUGACCAUAAAGAAUUGAAAGAGAAAAGGAAAGACGAAUGGAAAGGUGAAAAAGAAUGGGGAAAGGAAAAGAAUGAGGGAAAACACAACGAUAAAACGGAGAAGAAAUGGAAAGGAGACAAAGAAUUUCCAAAGGAGUAUGAUGAAAAAGAAAUGGAGAAGCAGUGGAGAGGGAAGUCAAAAGAUAAAGAAUGGUCAAGAGAGGGAGUAAAGGAGGAGAAAAAAAAGAAGGCGCCCUACCAUAAAAACGAAGUGAAAAAGAGUCCCAAUGAAAAGGAGAAACAUGGGCAUGGAGCACCAGACGAGACCUUCUCCCAUCACCAUUACGACCAUGAGAACUACUGGACCAGACAGAGAGAGCGCAUUCAGCACUAUGACGGGCAGCGGGAGACGUGCAACGGUGUGGCAGACUGCGCUCGAGUCGAGGGACUCUCUCCCGUCGGCCUGCGGGACUUCGAGACCCUUCUCCAGUCCUAUCUGAAGAAUCUCCAGGAUCAGGACCAGACCUCCAGGAAAGAGGAGCUCAGUAAGCUGGUGAAGGAGUUCUUCACGGACGGAGUGUUCGCUCAUGAUCAGAUGCCGUUCAGGGAGUUCGUGGAAGACGUAGGGGACAUUUUGGAGGACAUUGCUGAAGGAGAAGAGAGCGACAGCGAGGAAGAGGAGAGCGAAGAAGACGACGACGAUGAGAUGGAAGAAUUUGAAAGGGAGGCAAUAGAGAAAUUUGCACUUCCAGAGGAAGUGAGGAAGGUUGAGAAGAAGGGUGAGCAGAAGAAAGAGAGCAGAAGAGUGAAAGCUUGAAGGUUCCUCGUUGUAAUUUAGAGGUUUCAAAAAAAAAAACGAAAAGGUACAUCCGGAAACAGUCAGGCCUGAUAUUCUGCUUCCUAAUGUAGUGUGUCAUUUUUAAAAAGCUUGUUCAUUUUGAUCAGUAUGGCUUUGCUUUUUCUUUUCAUAGAUGAAGCAUUACUGUAAAACCUCAGUGAUGGUUUCCUCCUUAUAAUAGCUGUUUUUGAUCAUUUUUCAUUACUUUUACCUUUAUUUGAAAAUGUUAUACAACAUCAAAUAAAGACUCUUGAGAGUCGCCUGUUCAGUCAUUUAAAGAUCUGGGGCUGGAUUCAUGAAAUGUUGUUAAGAAUAAAAUUGUUUUAUUUUCUUCUUUUUUUAUUUUACAAAAUGCAUAGAAUAUUGUUUAUUUGUGACAAGAACUCUUAACAGUUAUUUUUUUGCCUUAAGAUGGUUCCUAAAAAAAGCUGUAAAAGAAUUAAAAUUUUUGAAAAACGUUCAAAAUAAUUCUAAAUUAUAUUUUAGACUACACAGAUGAUUAAUAAAUUAAUUGGACCGUUAUGAUAUUAAAAUAUAAGCAUUACAACAUUAUAAUACUGGCUAAAUAUACUACUGCAUUUUACUUAUUUAUAUAAUGUAGCAUACUUGUAGGUUUUUCAGAUGUAUGUUCAAGAUUAGAAAUACUGUGGAUUAUUAGAUAUGUUGCUAUUAGACAAAAAAGUUUAUAGAUGAAUAAAUUUACUGUCAAUAUUUACCAAGUAUUAAAUUAUUGCAUUAUAAAGACAAAUGUAACCUCAGUAGGCUAUUAUACAAUAAGAAAGUCAAAUCAUUUUAUCAUUGUUAUUCUUAAAAAAAAAAAUCCUAAAAAGAAAAUGAAUGUGUUCUUAAGACAAUAUUUGAGAUUUUUUAUCAUUUCACUUAAACUUCUCAUUUAUCUUUAGAACAUUAUUAAUUUUGUUUUGUUAAGAAGAUAUUCAUGAAUCUAGCUCCAAAAAAGAAGGGAACAGUGUCAAGAACUGUAGGAUCUACUGUUACGGCACAUCAGGUUUAUGUUUACAACCUGGCACAUAUAAUAUUCGUGUGGGAAUAUUAUCAGAAGAAUGUAAUUGUGAGAGUUACAGACUAGUAUAGUCAUUUUUUCAAUCCUUUACAGUAGUCACGUAACGAUUUAUGUUCAUUUUAGGAUCAUAUUUAGCUUGUAGACUAUGUACAGAUAUUAAAUAGAUUGUUGGAGUUUUAUUAAUGUUUAUAAUUUUGGCUUUUCUUUUCUUUCUUUUUUCUAAUUCUUUAAAUUAUUUUGUUUGUCUUUGUCUGUUUGUUUGAGAGUUUCUGUAGUAUUUAUAACAUUUUAUGGAGGAUAUCGUUAGUAAGUAACAUGCUUGUAUUGUCUGGAACUUUGUAAUCAUUAAAAAGUGACAAACAAAAACACAAGCAAAUCCUUAAAGAAAAGUGCAGGCCAUCCUAGUUGUAUGUAAAGGUAAGGUGAGUGCAGUAAGGUUUGUAAUUUUAAGGUGUGUAAUUUUGUGGGGUUUUUUGCUCUGAAUCCUGUUUUUUGUCAAAUUAUACGCUGUCAGGCAAAACUGCUUGCACCUUUACAGUCUGGCUUUCACAGAUCCUGUGCUGGGUUGAACAGUUAAAUGCAAAAACUUAAGUAUUGUACACUUAUAUACUUAAUUACUUAAACGCAGCAUGUACAUGUUUUUCACAGGCCACUAAAUUGUAACAAAAUUGCAAUAUUGAUAAGUGUAAUUUGUUUUUUGUUUUGUUUUUUAAUUGUUAAUCACAAAAGUUCAAAUGGUUGUGGUUAUGGUAGUGGGAAAUAUUUUUGCUGUGAAACUUUUCACAGAAUAAACAUAUACAUACGGUCAUGCAUGAUGUGUUGCUUUAGUUAUUUGCUGUAAGAUUUGUGCAUUUUUAGGAAAACUUCUAAAAGAGGCCUGCAUCAGUGACUGCGAUACCUUAUCUCUUCAUCACAUCGCUUGUAGUUCCUGAAUAGUAGUUCCUCCUGUGCUGCACUGUAUUUGGAACUUAUUUGGCCAGAAUGUCUGCAUGAAUGUCUCAAAUGAACUGUGAAGUGUUUGUUAUUGUUGCUUGUUUUGUGCACAUGCAUUUACAAUGUCAGAACUUUAUUAAACAAUAUUAAACUG